CCUUCUAAAAUCCUAUAAAUACCAACAUCUUCUCUUCAUAUCUAUUUAUUCAAUAACCCUUACAACACCGAAUAUAACUUUGAAAAAAAAAACAAAUGGCUUCAAAGAACUCAGCCUCUCUUGCUCUUUUCUUUGCGCUCAACAUCCUCUUUUUCACCUUAACCGUUGCAACAAAUUGCAACUGCAAGCCAAGUCCUAAACCAAAGCCAGUCCCAAGUCCUAAGCCCAAGCCGGUCCAAUGUCCUCCUCCACCCCGUCCUUCAGUCCCAAGUCCUAAUCCUAGGCCGGUCACACCUCCACGCACCCCUGGUUCAUCCGGAAACAGCUGUCCUAUUGAUGCUCUCAAGCUCGGUGUAUGUGCAAAUGUCUUAAGCAGUCUACUCAACAUCCAGUUGGGACAGCCAUCCUCUCAACAAUGUUGCUCGCUCAUCCAAGGUUUGGUUGACGUCGACGCUGCGAUUUGUCUAUGCACUGCUCUGAGGGCUAACGUUCUUGGUAUCAACCUUAACGUUCCGAUAUCUCUCAGCGUUCUUCUCAACGUUUGUAACAGAAAGCUUCCAUCUGGUUUCCAAUGUGCUUGAGCAAUAUCCAUUAUGCAUACGAUGCGAUGCCAGUGCACAAUAUCGUCUUCGAAAUUUAUUAUAGUUUGAAUAAAUGCAUGUAAGGUAUAGUUUAUGUAUCAAUCUUAAUUUGUUAAAGAGAAAAAAUAAAUGUGUGAGAUUUUUAUAGUUUUUCAUUUUGUUUGUAAACGUUGUCCCCCGCCUUCCAAGCUUUGUAUGCUUCUGUAGCAAUCUAUUUCUAUUUCUAUUUCAACGAAAUUUUAAUGAAAGAAAUUUCGUAAGCAACGUCUCAUUUUCAAAUUCUU